AUUCAACAGAGCAGAGGCAUCACUCCAAGUCCUUGUCUCUCAGAAAAGGGGUCCUGCAGCGAAGGCAAAGCUUGAGUCAUGUGUGGGAUCUUUGCCUACCUGAAUUACCGAGUGCCUCGCACCAGAAAGGAGAUAUUUGAGACGCUGGUGAAGGGUCUGCUGAGACUGGAGUACAGAGGGUACGAUUCAGCAGGCAUCGCUGUGGAUGGUCCUAAGAAGACGGCCACUGAUAACAACAACGACAGCGUCUGCAUAAUCAAGACGAAGGGGAAGGUCAAGGCUCUGGAUGAAGAGCUUUACAAGAAAGACUCACUGGACCUGGAUGAGGAGCUGUACACACACUUUGGCAUCGCUCACACUCGCUGGGCCACACACGGAGAGCCCAGCCCUGUCAACAGCCACCCUCAUCGCUCCGACAAGGAAAACGAGUUUGUCGUCAUCCACAAUGGUAUCAUCACCAACUACAAAGAGCUGAAGGCAUACCUGAUCAACAAAGGAUACGAGUUUGAGUCAGAGACGGACACAGAGGUGAUACCGAAACUAACCAAAUAUGUUUACGACAACCGAGAGAAUGACAUCACCUUCUCCACCCUGGUAGAGAGGGUUAUUAAGCAGCUGGAGGGGGCCUUCGCUCUGGUGUUUAAAAGCCGUCAUUUCCCUUCAGAGGCUGUGUCCACCAGGAGAGGAAGUCCAUUGCUCAUUGGUGUGCGAAGCGAGCAAGAGCUGACGACUGACAUCCCCAUCCAGUACAACAGUGUCCAGGAGAAGAACAGCCAUAAUCGUCCCGACUGCCCCACCGGCAUCAACUCUGUGGGGGAUGGCAGGCCUGUGGAGUAUUACUUUGCCUCUGAUGCCAGUGCCAUCAUUGAGCACACCAACAAGGUGCUGUACCUGGAGGAUAAUGACAUGGCAGUGGUGAUCGACGGGGAACUCUCCAUCCGCAGGGUGAAACGGCAGGAUGGUGAGGUUCCAGUGAGGGCAAUCCAGACCCUUCAGAUGGAGCUGCAACAGAUCAUGAAAGGUAACUUUGAUGCCUUCAUGCAGAAGGAGAUCUUUGAGCAGCCGGAGUCGGUCGUCAACACCAUGAGGGGACGUAUUUGUUUUGACUCAAACACAGUGAUUCUCGGUGGGCUGAAGGACCACCUGAAGGAAAUCAAACGAUGCAGACGGCUAAUUGUGAUUGGCUGCGGCACUAGCUUCCACGCUGCAGUGGCUACGAGGCAGGUCCUCGAGGAGCUGACGGAGCUGUCUGUCAUGGUGGAGCUGGCAAGCGACUUCCUGGACCGCAACACGCCUGUUUUUAGAGACGACGUUUGCUUCUUCAUCAGUCAGUCAGGAGAGACGGCAGACACCUUAAUGGCGCUACGCUACUGCAAGGGUCAAGGUGCUCUGACAGUUGGUAUAACCAACACUGUGGGCAGCUCCAUUUGUAGAGAAACAGACUGCGGAGUCCACGUCAAUGCUGGCCCUGAGAUCGGAGUGGCUAGCACUAAGGCCUACACCAGUCAGUUUGUGGCCCUCACCAUGUUUGGCCUCAUGAUGAGCGAGGACAGGCUCUCCCUACAGCCGAGAAGAAUGGAGAUCAUCGAAGGCUUCAAAGUGCUACCCGAGCUGAUAAAGAAGGUGUUGGCCCUGGAUAAAAAGAUCAAAGCUAUCGCUGAUGAACUCUAUGAACAGAAGUCUCUGCUGGUCAUGGGCCGAGGUUUCCACUACGCCACCUGCCUUGAGGGGGCGCUGAAAAUCAAGGAGAUCACCUACAUGCACUCCGAGGGCAUCCUGGCCGGGGAGCUGAAGCACGGUCCUCUGGCACUCAUAGACAAAGACAUGCCGGUCAUCAUGAUCAUCAUGAAAGACGCCUGCUACACCAAGUGCCAGAAUGCUCUGCAACAAGUCACUGCCAGAUCGGGUCGGCCCAUCAUCCUUUGUUGCCAGGAUGACCCUGAGAUCAGUCAGAUGGCCUACCACACCAUCGAGCUGCCGCAGACUGUGGACUGUCUGCAGGGAAUCCUCACUGUCAUCCCCCUGCAGCUCCUGUCCUUCCACUUGGCCGUCCUGCGAGGAUAUGACGUUGACUUUCCCAGAAACUUGGCCAAAUCUGUGACCGUGGAAUAAUUACAGUAGGCAAAGCACAACAGAGGAGAAAGGAGGCUCAUAGAUUUUGUGUGUGUGUGUGUGUGUGUGCGCGCGUGUCGAGAUUGAGGUGAAGUAGGGCACUUUGUGUGUGUGUGCGGGGAUGAGGGUGUGAGUGAGAGAAACUGACUGAUGAAAGAGUGAGGUAUACUGAACAAUGACUUUGGAAAAAAAAAAAAAGGAGAAAUGUGAAGUCCAAAUCCGACCAAUUAAUGCACUGCUGAGGAUGUGCCAGUGCCAUUGAGGCUUUCUCAGAACAAUCUAUGAAACGAUAUUCACACAUCCAAAGCAACCAACACGCUGUGCCUUUUUCUUUUCUCGAGAUGAGCCAAAAAAAACAUUACGAGAGACUUAGCAGAGAGGCAUUCAUAUGGUGUAUUGAAGUGUUUACAGUUGUGCAAUAAGGGGACCAAAUGUGUAUUAUGUAUGCACACAAUCAUGAGCGAGGUGAUUUGUUCUCUUUCUGUUUUGAUGGUUGUAUUAUGUCCACUGGGGGCGUCUUACCUCUCUUUGAAUAAUGGGAAAUGUAGGAAUCAAACUCUUUUAUUUUAGAGAGUUCUCUAAAUUAUGAAAAUCUCUUUUUUUUUAUAUAUAUUUUGCUGCACAUUUAUGCCAUCACUGUUCCUGGUGAGCCAAUAGCCCAUAACUUCAUUACUUUUAGCAGUUACCAGAGGGAAAUUCCUCGAUCUGACUUUCACAUUAUUACUUGAUUCACUUGAUGUUUCUGCUCCAUUUUACUGUUCUUUCAUUUUAAUUUAAAUAUAUUGUAAUGCUAUUCUGUUUAACAGAAUUCCAGUUUCCAAAGACAGUUGAUGGUAGAACAUGGACCUUUGUUUCCUGACUUUCCUUAUACUUAUUCUUGUCAUCGGUUGGAGCUUUUCCUGACACAAACAUGAUAAUAUUCAUAAAUAUUUAAAGAAUACCUUGACUUUCAAUAACACUUGUUUUGUAUGGGUUUAUAAUAAUAAUAAUACUAUUCUGUAUUUAUCGGAUUUUUAUUUUAUAAGGGCUUAGAAGGGUUUUAAUAAUAUCUUUAAAUAUGAUUGUAUUUUAUACUGUGUUUUAUAGACAUACGGUAUAAUCAAUAAAUAGAUAAAGGCAUGUUAAUCAAA